AUGGUGAAGUACAUCUAUCUGGCUACGCACUAUUUAGAUGCGAUCGCUCUGCUGGCCGACAGGGAGGGGGCGUCGCUUUAUGUGAGCUGUAAACUUGACGUUUUGAAGACUUGCUUAUUUCAGUCGGCAGACAAAACUGUUGAAGCUCUAUCGGCUGUUAUUAGCACAUCCACGGCUCAGGUUGCAGUUGUAAUUGUGUAUAGAAGCCCUGGGAGCGUAUCCAAAGAGGCACUUGAAUUCAUUCGCCCGCAGUCCGCAAAUAGGUGUUUGGUGAUGGGCGACUUCAACCUCCCAGCGAUUUGCUGGGCAGAUCUUCCUUGCGACUCAGCGUCAGGCACAUUCGGCGCUGACCUGCUUGAACUUACGCUCCAAGUAUCUUUGCAUCAGUUCAUUGACCUCCCCACUAGGUACAUGGACGCCGAAGUACCGUCUAUCUUAGACCUUGUAUUCGCUAAGUCACUCGAUUUUGUUGGUGACAUUACUUACGGACCUCCACUGGGUUCCAGUGAUCAUGUUUGUUUGCUCUUCAGUUGUACUCUGUCUAGACGCUACCAGAGUACUGUUGAGUCUCGCCCGAACAUAUGGCACGCAAACUAUCAAUCAAUGAGAGCCAAGGCUUCGGGUUUCCAUUAUGGGAUCUCAGAGGACGAUACUGUCGAGGUUGUCUGGGAUAAAUUUAAGUCCUACCUCACAGAGGUCUCUGCUCCCUUCAUCCCAGUCAGAAGGAGAAAGGAGGCCCGAGCACAGCCACCUUGGAUAGAUCCCACUGGCAGGCAUCUGCUCACAAAGAGGUCUAGAUGUUGGCGGACUUACCGAGAUGCUCCGUCCACCUAUACUUAUGACAUGUACCGGAAGGCUAGAAAUAGGUGUAAGCAACACCUAAGGAAUGCUCGGCUCAAUUUUGAAAAAGGGUUAGCGGACGAAGCUUCAGAGAAUCCUAAAAGAUUCUUCGCUUAUGUCAAAAGGCGCUGCGCUUCGAACAUGUCAAUUCCAGUAUUGAUGCGUGAUGACGGUACUCAUGCGCAUACGGAUUAUGACAAGGCCUGCGUACUCAGUGGGCAAUAUGCGGCAGCAUUUGUAAGGGAAACCUCUUUGACAGGCGUGGAGCUGGUUUGCAGGACCCCAGAGGGUUCAGAACUAUCUGAAUUUAUUGUAGCGGAGACUGCAGUUCGUAGGCUGUUACAAGGGCCGAACCCUUCUAAGGCCUCUGGGCCUGAUUUAAUUCGCCCGAAACUGUUGCAUGAGUUGGCUGCGGAACUAAGUGGACCGCUCGCUAUUGUGUUUCAGAAAUCGCUUGACAGCUGUGCAUUGCCUUCCGAAUGGAAGGAAGCUGUCAUCUGA